CAAACAUUCCUCCAAGGAACCUGCAAAAGAGCUGCUGAAUGAGCUCCGGGAGAGCCCUGCUCCCCCAGAGCCCCAACAGCUGCUCCUGGGCCAGGAGAGGAGAGGUCCCCCAGCCUUUCAGCAGCAAGAUAGUUUCAACAUAGAAGGGGCGCACAGGACCGAAGAAUCAAUAAGCCAUCACUUAACUUGAUAAUAAGGCAAAGUAAACUGGGAAAUGACUGGAACAGGCUAAAAGUGAUGGAAGCAAACGGUACGGAUACCAGAGAGAUCGAGGAGAUAGCUGGAAAGUUAACUGAAAGCGCAAUCAAGGCUGUCAUUAAGCACCAGAGAGAAGCUGAAUUUAUAGUCAAAAAUAUUCAAUGGGCCACUUGCCAGGACUUUACAGUGGAUCUGGGACGGCAGCAGAUCGAAGAGUACAUUUUAACAUGGGAGAUGCACGAGAGCUGGUUACACUGGUCAGAGUACCUUCACGAGGAAGAGCUGGAAUACAUCGUUCGCUACUGCUACCGGGUGAAGUGGAGCAUCCCUACCUGCCGGAAGCCCAUCCCGCGGGCCACUGCCUGCGUCUACUUCUUCAUCGAUAUCUCCAAAAUCAAACCUGCUUGGCUACCCGUUGAAGUAUUUUUCAUUCUGGAGUCCAGCAAAUACAUUCACAGACCGGGAAAGUCUCGUUUCAGAGAAAAGUGGCUGAAGGACGUUAUUGAAAACAAAAUCAUCCUGAUGAACGGCAUCACCUUCUAAGAAACAAUAUCUGUCUACAUUCUAAGUUCAGUUAUAUUUUGUGACUCGUCAGACUCCAGAGUGCACUACCCCAAAUAUUUUACCUCAAAGCACAAACCAUUUCUUGGAAAAUAAACUAAUC